AUAGCUACUCGAAUAUCUCCUAUUUUUUAAUCAGGAGAACGUCUUCUUUCCAACGGUACCUUCAAAUCGCGGCGCCAAAGAAAUCGGAAUUGUGCCAAAAAAGGUAUGAGAGCAGUCAAAUAAAAUUUUAAUGACUUGACUGCUGCAUAGACUAGACUCUAGAGACAAAAACUAUUGAAAACCUGAAAAGUUUAAACACAAAUCCUUUAACAUUAUUUUGAAAUUAUUUAGUUGUUGACAGUUGCUCCUCUUCGGAUCCAAUAUGAUAUUGAUAAAUUGAACAUAGGGCUCGUAACAAUUAUAUUAAAUGUAUAUAUAAUAUAUGAAUGGCAACUCUUGCCAAUCCAUGCGCCACCUAUGUAUUGUGAAAAAACUAUCUUAGAUUGUGCUUUUCAUAGAAAUUCCCGGAAAUUAUACAAUUUUCCCAUAAACAGCGGUACAUCAAUGCUCAAAUUUAAGUCUAGUGAGUUUCGCACAUUCAUAUGUAAUUAUAUGAUAUAAUAUUUUUUAAGAAAUAUGACCGCAAAAAAGUUAUUGUAUACAAUUAAUAAAGAAACAUUGCAAAAAUCACCAGUUGUCGAUAUAGAAGGUGUAACUAUACUUAAUUUUCGGCAGAUAGUGGAACAUGACGAUAGACCAGACCRAGCAUUGAGAUAUUUCAAGGCACCAAAUAUAAAAGCUUACCCACUACGUAUAAAUACUAAAAAGCAUACAYAAGAACAUGGAAUUUCUCAAGUCAAUUCCAUGAGAAUGUUGGAAAAGUUCGUUAUUGAAAAGGAUAUUUACAACACCAACAAUAGCAAUGGAAAUGGCGAUAAACGCUUGAAAGUGAUCACACGCCGUCAUGUUCUUAUGCGUAUUUUAACUGCACCAUUUUUUGUUACUGAAAUGCCAAUUAUUGUUAUAAGGCAUAAGCAUAUUAUUUACAUGUCUUUGGUAAAAGAGAUAUCGCCGACAUCUGCACUUGGCAAAAUGCAUCAAGAAUUCGCAGAUUAUUGUGAAACCACGACCAAUCCAUCUGAUGAAGUUCAAGAUAAUGAUAAAGGAUUUUUUAUUUAUGGCGGCAAAUUCGGAAAUUUAGAUCUUCUUUAUUCUGCUGAAGAAAGCGCAGUAAUCGGUGAUGAGGAGGUUGAAAAUGCUAUUUAAAUGGUGGUGCAAGGCAUAUCUAUCGAAUAUAAAAAAUUUUUUUUAUUGGAUUCCAAAAUUAUCAUGGC